UGCUGCCUUUUGCUUUAAUUGGAUUCUCAAAAACCACAAGUGAAGAAAACAGCAGAUCAAUGGGAGCUUUCACCAGCUAAUAGGGAGCCACACAUACACAAGUCACCUUCUUCUGCACAGCCUUUUUACCUCAAGUCAUGUGACUGUGAGGAAUGGGGAUAGUUGCUGGUAUCCAUGUUGUUACGUUUUUUUCAUCCUCUUGUCUGGUUAAUGGUUUCGCUGUUGACCACUGCUGCAACUCUUAUGCCAUAGUGAUGCUUUCCAAAGCACUGAAGUGUUCCAGCACUGCAGAUGAGAUGUACUUGGUACAUAAUGCACCAAAGAAAGGGCUAAAGUGUGUUUGUGAGCAUAAACAAAAGCCUUUGUAAACAUGACGUCUCAGCAUUCCUCUUCCGUAUUUACUGUUUCAGUGAAAUCCACAUUAAGCUUGUUCAGUUUUACAAGUCAGAGAAAUGAGUGGGGUUUUUCUUUUACCUGUAGGUUGAUCCUGAAAUUGGAGCAGAGCUUAGUGAUCUAGGUCUAAGGUACUUUAGCAAUUCUUUCCUAUUCUUAUACCUCUCCAAGACAAUUAAGAUCAACCAUGUUGUCCCUGAUCUCUGUCCUAAGGUCUCAAGCCUGACUGAGUUGGGGCUUUCUUUGUCCUGGGAUUCUUGUUUAUAGAAUUCCAUUUCAAUUCCAUCCUCAGAGUCUCUCAGUGGCUGGCAAGUCUUCCUAUUCAGCUCCAGGAAGAACAUUCACAGAGGGAAGCUCAUGGAUCUCACCUUCACAGCCAUUGUCCCACUGCUUCUCGGCAGCGUGGGGCUCUUUGCCCUCUUCAGGCUGCUGCAGCGAAUGAGGAUGCGAGCCUACCUCCAGGAUGCAGUAGUGGUGAUCACAGGAGCUACAUCUGGUCUGGGGAAAGAAUGUGCAAAAGCUUUCCAUGCAGCUGGUUCCAGACUGGUGCUUUGUGGCAGAAAUGGUGAGAGACUACAGGACCUGGUGCAGGAGCUCUCUGCCAAGGACAAUCACGCAAAGAAUAUACACAAACCUUUCACUGUGAUCUUUGACCUCUCUGAUACUAAAAUGGUGGUAAGUGCUGCUGAAGAGAUCCUGAAGUGUGUGGGUCAUGUGGACAUACUGAUCAACAAUGCAGGGAUCAGUUACCGAGGCUCGAUAUUGGACACGGGGAUGGAUGUGGACAAAAAAGUGAUGGAAACCAACUACUUUGGUCCUAUAGCAUUCACAAAAGCUCUUCUGCCCUCCAUGAUCAAAAGACAACAAGGCCACAUUGUGGUGAUCAGCAGCAUUCAAGGCAAAAUAAGCAUUCCUUUCAGAUCAGCAUAUGCAGCCUCCAAGCAUGCCACCCAGGCCUUUUUUGACUGCCUGCGAGCGGAGAUGGAACAGUAUGAAAUCGAUGUGACUGUUGUGAGCCCUAGUUAUAUUCAGACAAAUCUGUCUGUCAAUGCUGUAACUGCAGAUGGAUCUCGCUAUGGAGUUAUGGACAAGAACACCAUUGAAGGCAGAACAGCUGCAGAGGUGGCUCAGGUGGUUCUUAAUGCAGUGGGGCAGAAGAAGAAGGAGGUGCUCGUCGCUGGCUUACUGCCUUCCCUGGCUGUUUACCUGCGAACUCUGUCCCCCCGACUCUUCUUCACCUUCAUGGCAUCUAGAGCAAGGAAGGAGAGGAAAGCAAAGGACUCUUAGUCAGAGCUCAGCUCCCCUAGGCAUUGACUAGGAAAAGAAAACGAACUCAGGCAUCUUGGCUUUGUCUAUGGAUGUGUUACUUCAAGAAACAAAUUUAAAAGGUUGCAUCUUACCAUUGUGUGCAGAGUUGGAAGUUCCAUGCAGAUCACGGGAGGCCCACGGUGCCAGAAAACAGUGCCUCGCUGUCACCUAGAGGUGGCUUCAUCUACUACAGGUGAACUGGCUGAAGCUGCAGGGGAUGAUAGCUGAGGAGAACCUUUCCCACUCUCCCCACCCUCAUUUUGAGUUUUAUUGCUCUCCAGUGAGUGGGAACCAGUGCUGGCUAAGGCCAAGCACAGGCAGAUAGAUGGUUGCUUUCCCCACACAGUGCUCCCAGGGAACUUCAGUCCUCACCCAGGAGCUCUCCAGAGCAGAGUCUGCCCCCAGUCCGAUCCAGAAGUUAUCCCUUGGGUUGGAAUGGUCUGCUGUGUCCCUAGUACACAGCAUCACUUGAUUUAAGCCAAAAUUAACUGUUCAGUGCUGCUUUUUAAACAGUUUAAAGUGCCCAGGUCCGGGUUAGGAAUGACACCAUGGAUAUCUGCACUGGAUGGAGCACGAGUGACCCAUUAAGCCACCUAGCCUUCAGGUCAGUUUUUGUAUUAGCCUUUUUCUAAAGUAGCUGUAGAAAGACAAGCCCUCCACAGCAGUGUUCGGCUCCAGUACACGUUGCUGCCAGGUAAGCACUGAACCCCUGUGAAAGGUGGUGGCGGCGGCGGCAUCAUCAUCGUGAACCUUUGACUGUAAAACACUCAGACCCUAGCAUUGUUCUGCUCUGUGCUUAGAGCAAGGAACAAGCUGUGACCCCUUUGGUGCCAAGCAACAAGCCUUGUGAUGACAAGGGGUGGGAAGUGAACCUGUAGGUGCAGCUAAUGGAGACAGACCCAUAUGGUUUUACCUGUUUUAAAGCCAUUGUGUGUUAAUUGGGACCUGUUACCCCAAAAUACAGUGUGGAAGCAGUAUCCUGCUAAACAACUUCAGCAUUGAGGCUCCAGGGAGAGGACACUAUCUGUCUCUUCUCCCAUUUUCCCUGUGCCCAACGGAGCAUCUCCCUCACAGAGGGAGGCAGGACACUCAUCCCUUCUCCUGAACACUGGUUACUAGUGGGAAGGUUAGAAUCUGUACCCUAUAGCAGGGUGGUGUUGCUCAAUUUUCCAUUUGUUUGAUAGGUCAGGCAGAAGGGGAGCGGACUCAUUCUUAGCUUCCUUAUUUAAAAAAAAACAAAAAACUGAUAGCAGAAAGAGUAAAAUCCAUCCAUACCCAAUCCCUGCACUCAGCUGCUAGCCCAUCCUGUGCUUAUUCUUAAGUCUCCAUGUCUGCACACUUUCCCACUCUUGCAUGUGUCCUGCCUGUAAGUGCACCUCAAAUGUUGGCAAUAAAAGUUGCACUCUGUGUCCCCUCA